AGAGAGAGAGAGAGAGAGAGAGGGAGCUGUCGGGGACGCGCCUGCCUGUGAGCUGGUGUGGUGGUGUAGUUGGUGUUGUGGUGUUGUUGGUGCAUGUGGGAGCAGGAGCAGAGACUCCGCAGUGUCUUGGCAGCUGCAUUCGAGCAUCUCCCACCGCCCGCUAUGGCUCCCAUGCCUGAAUCCUCCUCUUCAUCCUCCUCCUCUUCCUCCUCCUCCUCCUCCGCGUCUACUUGACAAAAGACAAGCGAUAUGAACUCGAGAGGAAACUGAGCCCGGACCUUCAGCACCACCCACCCGCCCACCCUCCGCCGCUUCCCCGGUGACAGCCUCAUCAUCCACGCAUAUUGAGAAAAAAAAAAAACACCCGCAACGAGAUUUUUCUUUAAUGGAAAAUGGCGAUAGGCACAAGGUGUUGCAGCAUCGCCUGCUUGGUAUCUGUCCACAUCCUCCUGGCGGGAUUCAGCGCGUCGUGGCCUGGAGCGGAGGCGCUCACGUUCCCACAGCAGUACACGAUAAUGCACUGGGCCAGGCGUGUGGAGCAGGAGAUUGACAGAGUCUUUCAACAAAUCACCGGAGCUCAGCAGUUGAAGGGGAUCUACAAUGAAGAAAGACGACGAUUCAGUCUGGUGAAGAAUCAGCCACGGAAGAUUGUGGAGAAGGUGGCCUCGGACAUUGAGAAGCUCCUGGCUAAGAAGCGCAAAGCACUUGAGAGGUUGGCCAGAGAAGCAGAGCGACUCCAGCGAGAGCAUCCCUGGCAGGAUGGAAUCAAGGAGCUGGAUAUGGCUUACUACGAUUCCAAGGCUGAGCUGGAUUAUUAUUCGAUGGAUGGCGAGGGAGAGGUGGAAAAUCCCUCCCACAUCAAGCUGGAGUUUGUCUAUGAUCCCAACUUCAAAAACAAUGUCAACUAUUCCUACACGGCUGUUCAGAUCCCCACGGAUAUCUAUAAAGGAGCUCCAGUCAUUCUGAAUGAGUUGAACUGGACGCAGGCGCUGGAGAAAGUCUUCAUGGAGAACAGUCGGGAGGAUCCGUCAUUGCUGUGGCAGGCGUUUGGGAGCGCGACGGGAGUCACACGCUACUAUCCAGCAACACCGUGGAAAGCCCCCGAUAAGAUCGACCUGUAUGAUGUCAGGAGGAGGCCCUGGUACAUCCAGGGAGCCUCAUCCCCAAAAGAUAUGGUCAUUCUUGUUGAUGUGAGCGGCAGUGUCAGCGGACUCACGCUCAAACUGAUCAAAGCGUCAGUGAUGGAAAUGCUGGACACGUUGUCUGAUGAUGACUAUGUCAACGUAGCCAGGUUCAACGAGAAGGCCGAGGCUGUGGUUCCUUGUUUCAAACAUCUAGUCCAGGCUAACGUGCGCAACAAAAAGAUCUUCAAGGACGCGGUGCAGCAGAUGCAGGCGAAAGGCACCACUGACUACAAGUCUGGAUUUCAUUUUGCCUUCAACCAGCUGUUAAAUAAGACAAAUGUCCCCAGGGCUAACUGCAAUAAAAUAAUCAUGCUGUUUACUGAUGGAGGAGAAGACAGAGCUCAGGACGUCUUCAUGCAAUACAACUGGCCCAACAAAACAGUUCGAGUAUUCACCUUUUCUGUGGGUCAGCACAACUAUGAUGUCACACCCUUACAAUGGAUUGCAUGUACAAAUAAAGGUUACUAUUUUGAGAUCCGUUCCAUCUGUGCUAUAAGGAUUAACACCCAGGAGUACCUGGACGUGCUGGGACGCCCUAUGGUUCUGGCAGGCAGCGAAGCCAAGCAGGUCCAGUGGACCAAUGUGUAUCAGGAUGCAUUGGGUCUUGGCAUGGUAGUGACCGGGACUUUGCCUGUAUUUAAUCUCACCAUGGAUGGAAACUCACAGCAGAAUCAGCUGAUAUUAGGUGUCAUGGGAGUGGACGUGCAUCUCGACGAGAUAAAGCGACUGACACCACGGUACACUCUUGGAGCCAAUGGAUACAUAUUUGCCAUUGAUCCAAACGGAUAUCUUCUCCUGCAUCCUAAUCUCAAGCCAAAGCUCGUGAACCUCCCUGAACCUGUGACGCUGGACUUCUUGGAUGCAGAGGUGGAGGACAGCAAUAAAGAGGAGAUCCGCAGACAAAUGAUUGAUGGAAGACCAGGUGAAAUACAGGUCAAAACGCUUAUCAAGUCCAUUGACGAGCGAUACAUUGAUGAUGUGUACAGGAGUUACACCUGGACUCCUAUCAACGGCACGGAUUACAGUCUGGGUUUGGUACUACCCACCUACAACGAGUAUUACAUCCAGGCGGACCUGAGUGAUGUGAUGCUGCAGCUCCAGUACAUGCAGUCGCUGCUGCCAAGCUCCUUUGAAUUGUCAGGUCAUGUGUUUCUGGCUCCGAGGGAAUACUGCAAGCGUCUGCACAUCUCUGACAACAACACCCAGUUUUUGCAGAACUUCCUUUCGCUCAUGCUGGACAUGUCUCCAGAAUCUGAUGAGUGUGACCAAGGCCUCAUCCACAACUUGAUUCUGGAUUCUAGGAUUAUCGGGCAGCUGGCUUCUCGUGUGUGGAAGAACAAGGACCUGAAUUCGUACGGCUUCCUGGCGGUGUUUGCGUCGACAGAUGGAGGAAUAACACGGGUUUUUCCCAACAUAGCUGCUGAGAUGUGGGAGGAGGAUCCUGAACCUUUUAACUCAAAUUACUACAGACGAAGCCUGGACAACAGAGGAUACAUGUUCAGAGCUCCACUGAGAUCCUCCGUGGAUGACCCUCUAGGUGCAGAAAAUGGUACUGUUGGAAUCCUGGUUAGUUCAGCAGUUGAGGUGAAUCUAGGGGGCAAACUGCUCAAACCUGCAGUGGUUGGAGUGAAGCUGGACUUGGAAGCGUGGGUCGACAAGUUUAAGAUCCUGGCCAGCAACGUGUCGGACAGUCGACAGGGUUCACACAAGUGUGGACCAUCCAGAAGUUGCGAGAUGGACUGUGAAGUCAACACUGAUGACCUCCUCUGUUAUCUCCUUGAUGAUGGAGGGUUCCUGGUCAUGUCCAAUCAGAGAGAUCACUGGAAAAGGAUUGGACUUUUCUUCGGCGACGUGGACCCUUAUCUGAUGCACGCGCUCUACAACAACUCAAUUUUCUCCCGUCGUCAGUCGUUUCACUACCAGUCUGCGUGUGAGCCUGUCAGCAGCAGCCACACCGGUGCAGCACCCAGAGGCAUCUUUGUGCCGUCCAUUGCUGACAUGCUCAGCCUGGCCUGGUGGACGUCCACUGUGGCAUGGUCUCUGUUCCAGCAACUACUGUAUGGACUGGCGUAUAACAGCUGGCUCUAUCAAGACAAUAUCCUCACUGAAGGCUUCGAGACAAGAGAAAGCAGCUGCGUCACCAUCCAAAGCCAGUUUUACUUUACAAACACCACUAACUCCUACAACGUGCUGCAGGACUGUGGGAACUGCUCACGUCUGUUCCAUGCAAAGCGGAUAGAAAACACCAACCUGCUGUUUGUCGUCGCCGAGACUCUGCCCUGCAGCUCCUGCGAGAUAGAGAGACUGACCCAGGUCAGGACAGAGUUUCAGGAGGAGAAUCCGUGUGAGGUACUGAGUAAUGCACGGUAUCGUAAAGGCCCGGCUUCCUGCUUUGACUACAGUGCCUUAGAAAACGCGUCAGAGUGUGGACGGGGUCAUUCUCUGCAGUCCUCCAUAGGAGUCCUUCUCUUUAUUCAGCUUCUCCUGCCUCUCUUUCAUCUCUGACACGUGCAAACACUCAGCCAUCUUUCAUCUCUUUGGGUUAAGGCUCAGAUCUAGUGAAGGUCACCUCAAACAGCGAGUGCAAAACUCUCAUCUGAUCUACGAACAACACAGGGGUAAAAAGAAAAAAAACAUCUGGAUCAGCUCUUUGUGUUUUUUGCCUUAUUGCUUAAAUGCAUUUGUUGGUGUUUCAGGGCUUAAGUGCAACAUAAAGGUAAAGAAUGUGUUGAAUGUGCAUGCUACAAAGGACUAGGACAUGCAUGACAUUUUUGGGACGCCAACUCCGCCACAUAAACUGUCUCACAAAAAGUCAGGCAGACAGCAGAAAUACAUUUUUUAACAGUUCAGUCAAUACAAAAUAAACCAACCAGCAGGAACAACUGUUAAAUGCAGUGAUGGCUCUACAGAGGAUCUAAAAACUUAGGGACGUGUUUUUACUUAAGUGUGGUUUCAAUUCUGUAUCUAGGAAAGUUCAGGCUCAUAUUGACUCAAGAAGAAGUUUCCAGAAUUGGCAACAAAAUUAACUUCAAUGAUCAAACAUAUCAUAUGACAGCAGAAGGCCCCCAUCAGUGUGAUAUAAUCUUGUUAUUACUGCUGUAUUAACAUGUGCACAGCAUGUUAAUGUUGUAACUCACUGAUCAUUUAAACUAACAAUCCACAGUAUCAUGGUUAAAACUAUAAAAUGAGAACUUGUAACUAGAAUGAACUGAGUAAUAACUAUAACAAAUGCAUUAAGGGAAGUAAAAGGUGCAGUACUUUGUUAUUUUUUCCACAAGUGGUCAAAAACUCAACAAGGAACCUUUAAGUGUCAUAAAAUUGAAAUAGGUAGUUAAAAGCAACUGCAACACUAUACCCAGACCCAGUACCUCAAUAAACGGGCAGGGUCUUCUUGUGUGUAGUUUGCAUGUUCUCCAAGUGUCUGUCUGGGUUUUCCCCAGGUACUCCUGCUUCUUCCCACAGUCCAAAGACAAGGCAGAUAGGGGCUAUAUAAAUUGAAGACUCUAAAUUGACCAUAUAGGUGUGAAUGUGAGAGUGAGUGGUUCUUUCUCUCUAUAUGUCAGCCCUUUGACCUUUAGAGUGGACCUGGCCUCUCGCCCAAUGUCACCUGGGAUUGGCUCCAGCAGCACCCGCCUCUCCAAAAAGAAAACAUGGUGUAUCUAUAAUGAACGGAUGGAAGGAUGGAUGGACAGAGUCUAUUUUUAGAAACAACACUGCACAGGCGUCUGCUUUUACUCAGAGAUCUGUUAUCGUGAAGCCAAAACUUUGAUCGAGCAUUAAUCUGAGUUUUUAGAUCUCUCAUUGUUUAUUAUGUUGAACCAGGCUGACCUCACAGAUUUUUUUGUAGGUGUGUAUUUACACAUGUUUCCUGGGUGAAGUUAGCCUCGUCAUUUACACAACUUACGGUUGUGCACACUACACAUUUAUUAACAGCUUUGGCAUGGUCAUGUAAAUAAAUAUACAGAAUCAGCUGCUGGUUGAGCUUCAAAUGAAAUUAGCUCAGACGCUGCUUAUUGUAACUUUUGCUUUUGUGGUUUUCUUUCUUCUGCAUGUGCUGUCCUGGUAAAGGUUUUUUCUCUUGCACUUGUAGAGGUUACACGUUAAUAGAUCUGGGCCUUAACCUCACAUUCACUUCAGUGUCUUUCAGUCCUCCUCCGAUUUUUGCCAAGACAGUCUCAACAUUUUAAAUUGUUUCAUAUGUGACACGACCCAGAAUGCUUUCCUGCUGCCAUCUCAAGUAUGUUGAAUCUUUAAAUCCGUUAUCAAUAAAUUAUUUUCCUAGAGCACUUUGACUCAUGAGACAAAAGAUGAGGAAAGCUAGUAUGACCAGAAAUGCCAGUGUUAGACCUGCAGUGAGGUUUUGUGACUUUUCAUAACAUAUCAGUGAUGAAACAGACGUGUUGUUUCAUUGUGAUACGAGGAUUGUUCGAGUCACUCUUUGUUUCGUUGAAAUGCUUCCAGUCAAACAAGAUGUAAAAUCAAACAACAGACGACCAAAAGAAAAAAGAAAAAAAAACAUCAGACGUGUAUUAAUUUAGUUAAGUUGCACAUCUUCAUUUGAUUAUUAUAUUUAUGAACAUUGCAAGUGUUUAGUGCAAUAAGGCUGUUUGACAAAUGAAUUGGACAUUUUAUUCUAUCAGUAGUAUUUGGUUCAUGAUAAAAUGGAGAGUACUUUACAUGCAGUGUUAUCUGUGAAGUCCUACAGCACAGAAUGUGCAGACAGUCUGUGUGUGGCCAACAGGUUUUCAAACUUAUUCCCUUCGUUUUUGAUUGAUAGGAAGCUCUUUGUCUCCGUUUUUGUAUCUUGUGUCAACACUAUUCGUCAAAUCUGAAUUUAUGCACUUAUAUAUGCUUCUGUAUGGGGAAUGUAGCUUUCAGUGUUAUCAGUAUAUUAUUAGUGUGCAAUGCUUUUUUAAGCUAUUUUACGCUUCCCCUGAUGUCUCACUGAAAGUGAAGAUUCUCUGUGGCAGAAUAUUUUUCGUUUUAUCGUGCGUACCUCGUCAUGACAUGACAGCGAUAUCACAAAUGAUAAAGAAGCUCCAGUAUUUGUUUGGACAGCCGUGAGAUGCCCUUCAUAUAUUACUUAUUGAGUUAUAGAUGGUGCAUCAUGUACUAAUGUACAAUUGUUUAGGGUUAAAACUCUUUGUUUUGAAUGUCAAUAUUGACCCUGUAUAACAAGAGUUCUUAUUAUUUCUAUUAUACCAUACCAAAAAUUGAUAUACACAUAUAUAAAUAUGAAUAUAUAUUGCUCCAAACUUCUUAUAAUGUCACAAAUCACAGACGAUUUUAAGUUUGAUUUAAGAAGAAAUACAUUUUCUCGCUUCAAAAGAUUUAGAACGUAAGUGUCAACUGCUGCACGUUCAUUGUUCUUCACGGAGAAAAUACAACAACUGGGCGAUGUAACAAAAAGCUAAAUAUAUUUUUGAGCGUAGGAAAACUUUAAGUAACCUUAAACGUGUCAAAGAAGAUUGAGUGGCAGAGACUUUUUAACCUCACAGUGUGUCAGUGCUCGGUUCACAAUUUGGUGAUACGCACGAUAAAAACCUGAACAUAUUUUCCAACAUUGACUUCACAGCCCCUGACUCUGUUCACUGAGUUACUGCGUUACAUUAUGGUAUAAAAAAACAACUCUUGUUUGGACAAAAUAUUUGUACAACACGUUUUUUUCCCCUGUCUGCCUGGUGUUCCACCCUGCAGUGCCUUGUUGCACUCGUUUUGGAUGGCAGGAGCAUUUGGAUCCAUUGGCUGUGGACGUUCAUUCCAACACUUGAAAGACACUUGCAGGGAUUCAACUCGAAACGCAGUUGUCGGCCAGCGAAUAUACAGAGAUGCCCUUAGUGAAUUUGUGAAGCAGUUUGAAAGAGCAGAACUGAAGUGUGUUGAGCAGCUGCCCCCCCCCCUCUCCUGCCUUCUCAUGGACAGAACAGACCCUGCAGCCCCACUGCUACGUUUCUUGUCUCUCUACACUGUGGUUCAGCCCCAAAUCAAAGCACAGACACUGGCCAUUUUCAUAGAUUUCUACUUUUUCCCAUCUGCACACUGUAUGUUCUCUAUCUGAAGCCCCUCGGGUAAAUGUGUACUUUUCCACUUGGACUGACUGAAGCGAGUGAAUGUUUAUGUACAGUUCGCCUACUGUUGUGCAUCUCAGCUGGACCCGAGCAUGGCGGGGACCUGGAGAAGCAGAAUUAAAGCUCAACACUGUUGGGAGACCUCAGUGAAAACGAUGCUAUUACUCUGAGACCUGCAGUCUUUACAUCAGGUCAUAUCACAUUGUGAAGGAAAGACAUUUUGCUGAACUCUUUGCAGCCUACACUGUAUUGCUACUGUUGAGGUCAGUGUUGUAGUUUUGUUCUAAAUUACCGGUAUUUAUUUGCAUGAUAUUUUUGAGCAGAUUUGUGUACAUAGCCUGGUGGAUAUCCUGUCCUCAUCCAGCUCUCCAGCACUGUGGCUGGAGAAGCGACAGCGCCCUCUGUGGCGUUUCCGCCGCGCCGCUGAGGCCUCGGAAGGUCUUUGCCACUUGUAAACGAAAGAAGCUGAAAGUUUGACUUCAGUGAAGCCUACAUUAACUGUCAGUGUUUGCGAUUUAGGUGUUUUGCCAGAAUUAAAAGCACAGAGACGUUCGGAGUUUAGAGCAACAAACUGCCUGAUGAAACUUUUGUUGUUUAUUUAUGAGAAAUGUCUAAAGGUGACAUACAAACGCUGAUAAGGGUUUGUGCAUUUAAAGGCUGUGUAAACGGCGGAGGCAUGUGUGGGAAUGCCCAUUUAUUAAUGAACUUUAUGAAAAUCGAUUUUAAGUGUUGCUUAUUUUAUUUAUUCAUGUAUUCUUUUUUUUGUUGGCUUUGUUUUUUGGUGAAUAAUAUUUGUAUCUAACAGGAAGGAGCUGAAUGUGAUUGAUGCUUGCGUGGGCACAAUAAGCAGUUUACAAGGAAAUCAGUAAAACAGAAAAAGAUCUAUAUUUGCUCUACGUCUGUGUCCUUUUCUUUACGCAAUAACAAAAGAUAAGAAUGUUAAUGUUUCUCCCUGUAAAUUUGCUUUUGGUUUUGCCGACGUCGUCAUUUACAAGGGACAGUUUCCUCUCUUUGUGCCAGUCUCCAGCGCCACCUCAUUUUUGUACAGACGAUGUGAAGCAGUCGGCAGAAGAUGGAGGUUAACUUUGUAAUAAUUUUGUCAGUCACAUUACAAAAUGGAUAUUUAAAUGUUUAUAUCUUUGGUGAUUAAAUGCUAUUGAUAUUUUUCACUUCA